AUGAGUUCGAAUGGAGAGAAGAUAAUGAUGAAAAAGUCAGGUUUUGCUCAGAAGUUGUUGGAUGAUCUUCGCACAAGGAAGGAACAACUUUCAAUCUCUCAGAAUACAGAUAACUAUGCAUAUUCAAACCGAGGAUUUAAGAGAUCCAAAGAAACCAGAGCAAAAUCUACAACAUAUCAAGACUUCAACUAUGGAGGAGCUAAAGCACUCACUAGCGGCAUAGAGACUUCAAAUCAAAUACUUCCUUAUGGAAAAGGAGCGAGGAUGGAGAAAAUCGAUUUAUCGAAAGCAUUAGCAUUUGCACUUGAAAAUGCUGGGAAAGCUACAAGAGGAGAUCCAACAGGGAAUGCCUCAAUCAUUAGUUUCCUCCAUGAAGUAGGAAAGAGAUCUUUGGGAUAUGGAACAUCAGAAAGAAGAAGCAGUCAACAACAACAACUGUGCUCAAGCAGUCAACAACUUCCCAUGGUUCACGUUCAUAUCAAAGAAAUCUCAAAGGGAACUAAAAAGCUGAAUCAGAUCAUAAAAGCAUGUAGUAACAGCCUCAGUUUCCGUAAAGGAAGGUACUCGAUACAAUGCGGUGAAGAGCUCAUGGAAGGUGCCGUUGAACUAGAACAGUCUCUUCGUUUGCUUGUGGACAUCCAACAAGCUUCAUCUGAGUACAUGACCAAGAAACCGAGGAAAAACAGAAUCAGGUUGCUUGAAGAAACUGAUGAUGAGGAGGAGGAGGAAAAUGAGGCUCAAAAUAGAAAUCACCUAAAGAUCAAAGAAGUCGCAAAGGCGGAUAUAGAGAUGAGACUAUUGGCGCUUAACUAUCCAGAGGAAAAGAAGAGUAAACACAGAAAGCAAACAAGUAGUUUCCAAGAUACCGAGCUGAAACCUCAGAAGGGAAGGAUUCCAAAUGUUGUUGCCAAGUUGAUGGGAUUAGGAGAGUUUCCACAGGAUGAAAAAGAAACCAAGAACAAGAAUGAUGCAUCCAUCAAAUCUACAGAGAGUCUCACAAGAGGUAGAGUAAUGCAAGCUAGUGAAGCGCAAAGGAGCUCAAUGCCAUUGGAUUUAGUAGUCCAUAAGGAGACUCAGAAAGUAUCCGCGAGUGGAGCAAGUUACAAAGCCAAGCCUCAGAAGAAGGAUAGAGAGAAUGAUGAUUCAAAUAGCAGAAAAAUAAAUAAGGUUACACACAAGAAAGAUGGAGAAUCAUCGACGAAAAAUGUUACCAGAAAGAGUUCAGCUCCAACAGAAAAUAAACAUAAGGCUGUCUCAAGGAGCCAACAAAAGCCUUUACAUAAACUUGGGUUUGAGAAAAAACUAAGUUUUCAAAAUUCUGGAGGAAGUGAGGAAGGAAAGAGCAUCAAGAAAGAGAAGUUGAAGCAAGAAAGUGCACAAGAGAAUGGUGUGAUGACCAAUCACUCGCCUAAACCUUUGAGUUCUUUGGAUAUAGUAACGAAGCUACGACUAACAGACAAAGCUCCACCUGUGAGGAAAAGCUUUUCUCAUGUUGAAGUAGCACAGAAGAAAAAACAAGGAGAGGUGCAUAAACCGGAGAUCCAAGAGAAGAAGAAUCAAGAAAUCUCCAAUCCAAAUGGAGGAUUGUUCAAAGUAGUGAAGCAACCAGAGAAUAAGAAGCAUGUUUCCAGAGAAGAAGAUGGAAAACAUACUCAGUUACUCAAAAGUUACAAUGGUAGUAAUAAGAUGAAAGCACAAGAAGCAGAGAAAUGCAUUAGUAGUUCUAAAGUUUCAGGCGUUGAGGUCCAAUCAUCAAACAGAAAUGUGGCUGAGCAUAUCAGAGAGAUCAAAGAUGACUCGAUUCAGCUUAUCGCCGCCGAGAGAGUCCAAUGUCAAGAUCCUUCAGAAAAUCAUCGUGGGCUCAUGUUUACGGAUGAGAUGGAUCAACAAGCUCUGUUAUCAAAACUUGAUGGAAAGUCAGAAAUAUUAUCUAAGACAGUAUAUGAAGGAACCAGAAGGGAAGUGGAAGCUAAUAUACCCUUGUUGGAGAAACGACCAGAACACCAAAAACAAGAAAGUACAGAGAUAUUGUCUGAAAAUGAAAGAAACCUCAAGAAGAUAGUUGUGAAAAGCCAACUAUUUGUAGACACAGCAGAGGCACUUUUCAAACUCAACAUUCCUCUUCAUGACGCAGCCGAUGGGAGCAAUUACUAUCAACAAGACAAGAAUCUACUCCUCGAUUGUGGCUACGAGCUAAUGAAAAGGAAAGGGAGGUUUCAAGAGUUAAGUGUCCAUCCUUUUGUGAAGGUACCCAUCAGUUCCUCUAAAGUAAACUCAUUGGACAAUCUUGUUAGACAAUUAAGCAAAGAGUUCGAGAAGCUGAGAGCCUACGGUAGGGAGUGCUACACUGAAUCACUUGUUGAAGACUACUUGCCAAAGGUGUUGGAAAGAGAUGUUCACCAUAAAGAUCCAAACUUGAACUCAAUGUGGGACAUGGGUUGGAAUGAUUCCAUGCUCGCAUUCAUCGAGAAAGAUGAUGUUAUAAGGGACAUAGAGAGGGAAAUAUUCAGUGGACUCAUGGAGGAAGUAACCAGAGAUCUUAUUUGGAUAUAG